AAUCUUCCCUUCAUCGGACACAAGCCUUUUUCCAAAAAGCUCCUCUUGGACUCAAUGAAGAGACCACUCUUCUGUUGGGGUUUCUCUUCAUCCUAAUCCAUAUUUGUUUAAACAAGUUUUGAUGUUUUUUUUUAGAUUAUUGGUUUAUUUUUAUUGAUGGAAAUGGCACUUGAAUCCUCAAUUCUCAGCAAACCAAAUUUCUUUUCUUCAGCGAAGUCCUCAGCUUUCCUGCUUUUUAAUCGAAAUUUCAAGUACCCACCAAAAUUUUUAUCCAAAACUAAUCACUACCCAGCUUCCAUUAUCUCAAGCUUUCCCAACCCCCGUGUUGUUAAAGCCUUUGGGAUGCCAAAAACUGGUACUUUUGGAAGUCAAGCACGUUUAGGUUCGUUAAUCGAAGAAAAUGAAGAACUGGGAAGUUAUCAGAAUUUGAUUUUUGUGAAAAGAGGAAUUUUAGUGGCAAUGGUUUGUGGUGUAUUGGCCUUUGGUUGUAAAAGAGUGUUUGCUGUAGAGGGAGUGGUUAAUGCUGGAUAUGGAGUGAUUGGGCAGUCCAUAUUAUUGUUGAAGAAUGCUUGGCCAAAGCUAUCUAUGCUUCUAAAAGUGUUCAAGGAGCAAGGUUUGGUCUUGACAGCGCUUUUGGGUCUCUCUGCAUUCUUCUCAAUGGCAGAGACGGCUAUAACUACAUUAUGGCCUUGGAAGAUACGUGAGCUGGCUGAAAAAGAGUCUGAAGAUGGUGUAUUCAAGAUGCUUCGUAGUGAUGUAACUCGGUUUCUUACAACUAUUCUUAUUGGCACCACUGUGGUGAAUAUUGGAGCUACUGCUUUAGUUACUGAUGCUGCAACAGCAAUAUUUGGGGAAGCUGGCGUUAGUGCAGCAACUGGAGUAAUGACUGUUGCCAUAUUGCUUCUCACUGAGAUCACUCCAAAGAGUAUAGCUGUUCACAAUCCCACAGAAGUUGCCAGAUUUGUGGUCAGGCCAGUGGCUUGGCUUUCUGUAAUACUGUAUCCAGUGGGAAGAGUUGUCACAUUUCUAUCAAUGGGAAUGCUUAAAAUUUUUGGCCUAAAAGGAAAAAGUGAACCUUAUGUUACUGAAGAUGAAUUGAAGCUAAUGUUACGAGGAGCAGAAUUGAGUGGAGCAAUAGAGGAGGAGGAGCAGGAUAUGAUUGAAAAUGUGUUAGAGAUAAAAGAUACUCAUGUUAGAGAGGUGAUGACACCUCUUGUUGAUGUCGUUGCCAUUGAUGCGAGCUCAACUCUUGUUGAAUUCCACAAUUUGUGGUUGACUCAUCAAUACUCAAGGGUGCCUGUUUUUGAGCAGCGUGUUGACAAUAUCAUGGGUAUUGCAUAUGCUAUGGAUCUACUCGAUUAUGUUACAAAGGGUGAAGUGCUAGAAAGUACCACUGUGGGAGAUAUGGCUCACAAGCCUGCAUAUUUUGUGCCUGAUUCAAUGUUAGUCUGGAAUCUUCUUAGAGAGUUCCGCAUUAGGAAGGUUCACAUGGCUGUUGUUCUUAAUGAAUAUGGUGGAACAGUUGGACUAGUCACCUUAGAAGAUGUGGUAGAGGAGAUUGUUGGUGAAAUUUUCGAUGAAAAUGAUUCAAAUGAGGAGAUCCAGAAGAAAACCGGCUACAUUGUAAUGCGAGCAGACGGAAUUUUUGAUGUUGAUGCCAACACAUCUAUUGAUCAACUUUCUGAAGAUCUGAAUAUCAAAAUGCCCGAGGAACAUCAAUAUGAGACAGUGUCAGGUUUUGUCUGUGAAGCAUUUGGAUAUAUACCAAGGACAGGUGAGAGUAUUAAGGUAGUCCUUGAAAAGGGAAAUGAAGAAGAAGAUGAUGAGAAUGCUGAAGCUGGAUCUGAUCAGCAAGAUAUGAAGGAAAGGCAUCAAAUUUAUAAACUUGAGAUAUUAGCAGGAAAUGCCCGAAAAGUUAGUGCCGUUAGAUUUGAACGGAUAAACGAGGAAGCACUAUUAGAUGACACAGCAGUAACUCCAAUGAUUUCAAAAAUCAUAAAGAGGAAAUGGAGCAGUGAUGAAGACUCGAAUAAUGGCAACUACAAUGAAGAUACAUUUGAAAAGAGGCAAGAGGAAGACAUCUCAGAUCACUAUGUAAUUGCUGAUUACAAAGAGGAUAAGGAUAGUCCCAAUGAACAGUAGUUAAUAUUACACUAUUUGUCACUUACUUCCCCCUGAACACCCCUCUCUUCCCCUUCCAAUAUCUUACAGCCCCACAAGAAGAGGUAAAGACUUGAAAAACGGGACAGGAAAAAAAACAAACUAACAUUGUACAAUUUUUCACAGAUGAAGUGAAGUGUCAACAUCUGAAUCAUUAAAGGUGGAUGUAUCCAUGACAGUA